UCCUCCAAUUUGAAUAUACCCUGAUAUUUCUUUGAAAAAUUUGUGCCAUUUCAAAAUUUUUUAUUCAAAAUAUAAUAUAUAAUUAUAUGAAAGCAACAUAUUUUUAAUAAUUAUGCAUAAUAGAUAAAAUUUUAUUUAUUUGUAGUUUUUUGUAUAAGCAUUACAUUUUGUGUUAAAUUUGGAGUACUUACAGAUGCCGCGUACGUUUUAUGUAGGAGUGAAUGUCUCUAUCUUGUUUUGGAUACUUAAGUUUCAAUUAAAUCAAUUUAUAUCCAAUAUAGUGAUAUCUAAACUUCACAUAAUUUUGUACCACUGCUUUGAAUAAAUAUAUUCUGGCUUCAUCGUUAAGAGUGACGACAUUCUCUCGCAAAAAUGGAGUCUCGGACAGAAUUUAAAAUAAAAUCUCCUCCGACCGAUGCAGUUUCAGCGGUUGAAUUUGGACCAAAUUCAACGCAAUUUCUUCUUGUUUCUUCAUGGGAUAGUACAGUGCGGUUGUAUGACAUUCAUGCUAAUACUAUGAGAUUAAAAUAUAAUCAUGAUUUGGCGGUUCUAGACGUUGCAUUUCAGGAUGCCGUUCAUGCUUAUAGUGGUGGCUUGGGAAAUACAUUAAAAAUGUAUGAUAUCAAUAGUAAUACAGAAUCAGUAAUGGGAAAACACGAUAAACCGAUUAGGAAAAUUGAGUAUUGUGCUGCAGUAAAUGCAAUAUUAACUGGUGGGUGGGAUGCAGCAGUAAAACUUUGGGAUCCUAGAACACCCACUUGUGUAGGUAGUUAUUUACAACCAGAUGUUGUUCUUGCUUUGUCUGUGUGCGGAGAUAAAUUUGUAGUAGGUACAGCCAAAAGAAAAGUUUGUAUUUGGGAUCUAAGAAAUAUGGCUGGUAUGUUUCAAAGACGUGAAAGCAGCUUGAAAUAUCAGACACGUUGCAUUAAAGGCUUUCCUAAUGAACAAGGAUAUGUUCUUAGCAGUAUAGAAGGUCGUGUUGCAGUUGAAUAUCUCGAUACUACACCAGAAGCACAGAAAAAAAAAUAUGCAUUUAAAUGUCACAGGAUAAAGGAAAAUAAUGUGGAGCAUAUAUAUCCAGUAAAUGCUAUUAGUUUUCACUCAACAUACAAUACAUUUGCAACUGGUGGUUCAGAUGGAUAUGUGAAUAUUUGGGAUGGUUUUAACAAAAAGCGCUUAUGUCAAUUUCAUAGAUAUAAUGCUGGUGUCGCUGCGCUUAGUUUUAGUCAUGAUGGUUCUGUACUUGCUAUAGGAGUGUCAUAUUUGAACGAAACUGAAAUUCCACCAGGUGGAAAAGAUGAAACUGAAAUUUAUAUAAGAUAUGUAAAUGACCAGGAAACCAAACCAAAAUAAUAUUGUAUUAUUGUAAAAUACAUUUUUAUAAAAGAAAUAGAUUGAACAUUUUUCAAUUAUAAUCUGCUUUAUGAAAGCAGUGAAAAUUAAAUGUUAAAGUCUUUUUACGAAAGCUACUUCAUUUAUAAUAUAUAUAUAUAAGGGAAUUUGAGGUUCUCAAGUAACUCAACCCUUAUGUUUAGAAAGUCAUUCUUUAUAAAGAGUGUCGUAUACAUUUUAGAUUUGUUUUGUUAGUCAAUUAUAUUAAAAAUAAUUUAGGAAGUAUACUUAUAACAAAGCAAUGAGGUGAAUGUAUUUAAUUUAUUCUAUUUUCAUUUGUACUUUUUAAAUGUAUAUCAAAUUUACAGUUAAAGUUCAAAUUGUAUAUUCUUCAUAUAUUGACAACUGUCAAUAUAAUGAUUUUUCCUAUUGUAUUUGAAAUGCAUUACUAUUUUCACAUGAUAGUGUGUUACGUAAAUCUUUUUUAACUGAUUUUGCUAAUGAAAUAAAACAAAUCUAUGAUGUAUAUAUUUUUUGUUUAAAAUGAAUUGCUGAAUACACGAGUGAAGUUGGUUCUAUGUUUCACAGAACACCUUGUAUACCAAUUGCGUUGUAUUUUACACUUUUAUAUCUCAAAUAAUUAUUAAUCAUAAAAACAAUACAAAAUAAGUAAUAACCUAUUCAAAAUUAUUAGGCUAAUCAAAUCUUAAUAAAAUAUUUUUCUUGUAUAAAAUACUUUUUUUUUAUAUAAUAGCCAAUUAAACAAUCUUUUGCGAACUAAGUUGUAGCAUAUCCUAUUAUUUAUAAUACAUUCUGCAAGCUAUUAUUUUAUUCCUAAACAAUUUCGU